ACCAACUCCAACGCGGCAGGCAAACAGCUGCGUAAAGAGUCCCAGAAAGACCGCAAAAACCCGCGGCCUCCUAGUGUUGGCGUGAUUGACAAGAAAGAGGAGACGCAGCCGCCCGUGGCGCUCAAGAAAGAAGGAAUAAGACGUGUUGGGAGAAGACCUGAUCAACAACUUCAAGGUGAAGGGAAAAUAAUUGAUAGAAGACCAGAAAGGCGACCACCUCGUGAAAGAAGAUUUGAAAAGCCACUAGAAGAAAAGGGUGAAGGAGGAGAGUUUUCAGUUGAUAGGCCUAUAAUUGACCGACCUAUCCGAGGCCAUGGUGGUCUUGGAAGAGGUCGAGGAGGCCGUGGACGUGGAAUGGGCCGAGGAGAUGGAUUUGAUUCUCGUGGCAAACGUGAAUUUGACAGGCAUAGUGGAAGUGAUAGAUCUGGUCUGAAGCACGAGGACAAACGUGGAGGUAGCAGAUCUCACAACUGGGGAACUGUCAAAGAUGAAUUAACUAACUUGGAUCAAUCAAAUGUGACUGAGGAAACACCUGAAGGUGAAGAACAUCCAGUGGCAGACACUGAAAAUAAGGAAAACGAAGUGGAAGAGGUAAAGGAAGAGGGUCCAAAAGAGAUGACUUUGGAUGAGUGGAAGGCAAUUCAGAAUAAAGACCGGGCAAAAGUAGAAUUUAAUAUCCGAAAACCAAAUGAAGGUGCUGAUGGGCAAUGGAAGAAAGGAUUUGUUCUUCAUAAAUCAAAGAGUGAAGAGGCUCAUGCUGAAGACUCUGUUAUGGACCAUCAUUUCCGGAAGCCAGCAAAUGAUAUAACGUCUCAGCUGGAGAUCAAUUUUGGAGACCUAGGCCGCCCAGGACGUGGUGGCAGGGGAGGGCGAGGUGGACGUGGGCGUGGUGGACGUCCGAACCGUGGCAGCAGGACUGACAAGUCAAGUGCUUCUGCUCCUGAUGUGGAUGACCCAGAGGCAUUUCCAGCUCUGGCUUAACUGGAUGCCAUGACAACCCUGGUUCCUUGGUGGACCCUCCUGUUCAAAGCUUUUGCAUGCUUAAGGAUCCCAAACGACUAAGAAAUUUAAAAAACAAACAAAAAAAAGACUGUCAUUCAUACCAUUCACACCUAAAGACUGAAUUUUAUCUGUUUUGAAAAUGAACUUCUCUCGCUACACAGAAGUAACAAAUAUGGUAGUCAGUUUUGCAUUUAGAAAUGUAUUGGUAGCAGGGAUGUUUUCAUAAUUUUCAGAGAUUAUGCAUUCUUCAUGAAUACUUUUGUAAUGCUGCUUGCAAAUAUGCAUUUCCAAACUUGAAAUAUAGGUGUGAACAGUG